CAGCACAGGACACUUCUUUCUCGUAAGUCGAAGAAAAUCAUUAAGAAUUAUGUCUGGACGUGGUAAGACCGGAGGAAAGGCCCGAGCCAAGGCCAAGACCCGCUCCUCCAGGGCCGGGCUCCAGUUCCCGGUGGGUCGUGUCCACAGGCUACUCAGGAAGGGCAACUACGCCCAGCGUGUCGGUGCCGGAGCUCCGGUCUACCUGGCGGCGGUGCUCGAGUACCUGACCGCUGAGAUCCUGGAGCUGGCCGGUAACGCGGCCCGCGACAACAAGAAGACCAGGAUCAUCCCCCGUCACCUGCAGCUGGCUGUCCGCAACGACGAGGAGCUCAACAAGCUGCUGGGCGGAGUCACCAUCGCUCAGGGCGGCGUGCUGCCCAACAUCCAGGCGGUGCUGCUGCCCAAGAAGACCGAGAAGCCCGCGAAGAAGUGAAGACCCCCGGGACCGACUGACCAACACAACGGCUCUUUUAAGAGCCACACACCCUGAACCGGAGAGAAGCUGCUUCCUGCACAUGAGACAUCUGGUCUGUCAAUGAAAACAUGAAAUAUAAUUGGUGAUCUAUAAAUGCACUCACAACAAUUUGGGUGAUGACUAACAUACAAAAGACAUUUCUUUGAAAUGACUAAAGAUUGAGUGGAAAAAAAUAAAUUUCUUCUUUACACGGAACAUAAGCAAACAUGAAUAAAUACUUGAAGUAUUAAUAUGAAAAAUUGCUCAAUCCAACAGCUCAUCUACUAAUAGUGUUGAACGAGUUUGAUUAAAUUAAAAUGUUAACGUGUUUCUCUGAUAUGACCGAUCAAACAUUAUUUUCCCAAGAACUUUUCUCAUAACCUCAAAUUUUCUUUGUGAUGAUUCAGUCUUUUUAAUCUCUUAAAAUAAGUAUAUCCAGGUAAAACCACCACUUGCAAUGAUGGUUGUCAUUGGUGAAUAUGGAUCAUAUGUGGUAGAAAUUUAAAUAUUAGUGAAAAAACAAUUCAAAAACUCAAAAGAUUUUUGUAGAAAUAAAUUUAGAUUGUUUUUGUAUCAGAGAUGACAGAUUCAUAUACUGUUACUGUAUCUUCUGAGGAGACAGUGAUUAUUAAAACAGAUUUAUAAAUAUUAACAAAAAAGCAAAAAAUCCCAUGAGGUGUAUUUCUCUGAAUGUCUUUGUUUGAUAUAACAAACCAUGUUUUUGUUUUCUCUCUGAUAAAUGAAAAAAAGUUUUCCCUUC